CUCGCUCAUGAGUAUAUUUGUGUGUGUGUGAAUGACUGUUUUUUUUAUCUUUUCUGAUCUUGAUGAAAUAUUGAAAUAUCUAUUGUUGAAAGAGAUUAUCAACCGAAAAAAAACAGGACACUCAAAAAUUCUGAAACUAAAAUUCUCUUGUUAAUUUUUUGUUUAUUAUUUUUUGUUUAGUUUUUUGUUUCUUUUUCGAUUUUGUUUUUUUUUCAAUUGAUUUUAAUUUGUUAUUCUUUUUGUAUGCGAAAAAAAGGUUUCAAAAUGCAUUGAGAAAAAAUUGAAAACAAAAUCGAGAUUUUUUUUUUAUUGAACGAAAUCAGUUUUGGUUUUCAUGAAAUACGGUUAUUUUUUCCUGAUUUGAUUAAUGUGAUCAAAACUGUCUGUAUUUGUUUUUUUGUUUCGAAUUGCUUGAUUGAAUGGAUUCUUCCAAUCCAAAUAUAAAAAACAAUACGACCACAACAUUUAUUGUUGAUAAUCAAUCGCUCAAUGGUAAUUCGUCCUUUCAUCAUUACAACAAUAAUUCUCUUUAUCAUCAACAACAAAAUUUAUCAUCAAUGAAUCAAACAAGCGGCAAUAAUAUUAAUAAUAAUAGUAACGGCCAGAUUUUGGUACCGUCGCAGACUACAACGGCAGCCAAUACCAUAGCCACUGGUACAACAACGGCUAACGCCGAAAAUCCGAAAACUUUAUACGUGGGCAAUUUAGAUUCAUCCAUCAAUGAAACUUUUAUACAUACAUUAUUCGCACCUUUUGGCCAUAUCAAUGGAUUGAAAUUGAUAACUGAUAAUCAAAACGAUCUAUAUUGUUUUAUCGAAUAUGAGGAUCAUUCUUCCGCAGCGACAGCCAUCUUGACUAUGAACAAACGCUUGUGUUUAGAUCGAGAAAUGAAAGUCAAUUGGGCUUCAAAUUCCAGUGGUGCUAGUGGCCAAAAAACCGAUACAUCGAAGCAUUUUCAUAUAUUCGUUGGUGAUCUUAGUCCGGAAAUUGAAACACAACAAUUACGAGAAGCUUUCACAGUUUUCGGUGAGAUAUCAGAUUGUCGUGUUGUUCGUGAUUCACAUACAUUCAAAUCCAAAGGCUACGGGUUUGUAUCUUUUGUUAAGCGGCAAGAUGCUGAGAAUGCCAUUGCUGGAAUGAAUGGCCAAUGGCUAGGUCAUCGGCCUAUACGCACAAAUUGGGCAACAAGAAAAAUGACUUCAUUAAAAGGUUCCAGCGGAGGAGGAAUUGGUAGUGUUGGUAUUAGUAGCAAUGAUAAUAACAUGGUGAUUGGACCUAAUGUCAAUAAUCGUACAAUGAAAUAUGAUGAAGUUUUCAAUUCAUCUAGCAUUACUAAUUGUACAGUUUAUUGCGGUGGCAUAAUAAAUGGACUAACAGAAGAAUUGAUGCAAAAAACAUUUUGUCGUUUCGGUACGAUUCAAGAGAUUCGUGUCUUCAAAGAAAAAGGUUAUGCAUUCAUCAAGUUUACCUGUAAAGAAGCAGCUACAAAUGCAAUCGUUAUGAUGAACAAUCAAGAAAUAUUAGGACAAACUGUCAAAUGUUCCUGGGGUAAAGAGACAAAUGAUGCUGUCUCAUUGAUGGGAAUGCCGACAACCACUUCGAAUUUAAAUGCGGCUGCGGUAGCAGCAGCAGUCGCCGCACAAGCAAAUUUAGCAGCUGCAGCUGCAACAACACCUUUGAUUUAUCCAUACGGGCAUCAUACUCAUCCUCAGCAACAAUUGUCUUAUUGGUAUCAACCGACAGCGUUUCAAACUGCUGCUGCUAUUCAUGCUGGUCAUCCACAAGCGACACCUGCAUCGCAACAUCCAUCAUCGGUUGCGGCUGCAACUAAUCAUCACCAUCAUCAUCAUCCGCAUCAUCAGACCCAAUAUACCACCGUCCAAACUACUCCUACCGGUCUUCAAUAUCCAUAUAAUCAACAUCAUCAAUAUUAUUCUUCAAUGGCAGCAGCCGUAGCAGCUGGCCAAACGCCUAGUGCUGCCGCUGGAUUCAAUACAUCACCAAUGGCCAUACCAAUAUCUGCUGCUUGGACAACCCAACCACCCCUAGCAAGUACAUUGACCAAUAAUUCAUCAUCAGCAGCUUCUGGUUAUCCAACGAUUCAAGGAUAUCAGGCUCAAUGAACAGCAAAAAAAACUUAAUUAAAAAUAUGGAAGCCAUAAUCAAUUAGACUACACAGCAACA